GACUGCGCCAUAGAUCCAUCCAUGUCUUCAAACCUCGGAGCGCGACGGAAGAUGGACUAAAGGCCCUUAUACUGGAAAUACGUACGGAGCGUUUACUUUUUUGUGUGGAAAACUUGAAUUCAGGCAACAACUCAAACUUUUCAUAAAAUACUCAGGUGAACCCAUUAAAUAUGAAUCCACUCUACUUCGGAGCGGCAAGUGGCGGUAAUGUGGCCUUUCCUAUGCACAGAGUCAACACGGUCUUUUAUGACCUUCACCACCAGAUGGCAGAGCAGUACCAGAUGCCGUCUAGAAGCGGCUCGUCAUCGCUUCAGACGUUUUCUGUAGCAGAGCGUCUUGCAGAGUUGAUCCUUGAGGCGCGUUAUGGAAACCAGCAAAAGCAGCGUCGGAGUCGCACAGCCUUCAGUGUGUCUCAGCUACAGGCACUUGAGAAAACUUUCCAACAAACUCAAUAUCCAGACGUGAGCAUGAGAGAAAGGUUGGCAGUGUGUACCAAUCUACCUGAGGCCCGCAUUCAGGUCUGGUUCAAAAACAGGCGUGCCAAGUUUCGCAAGGGUCAGAAAUAUGUCCCUCCAUCUAAAGACAGAGGAUCAGAGGAAACCAAGAAGGAAAAAAAUACGACUGGAAUUAUCCAUGCCGACUCUAUGGGCCCAAAUCACCAUUCUCCUAUCAGGAAUAUAAGUGGUUGUGCAACCACCUUUUGUCCCAGAGACUCCCUGGUCACACAGUCGCAACCAAGGCUGCAUUCGCCUUUUGUAGGAGAACACCACAUACCGCAUCACACUCUAGGGAUGGUAAUAGGCCUGCAAUAUCCUUCCACCUUAUGGCCUUUGAUGCAGCAGCAGAACCCUGCCAUGGAUAUUGGUAAUAAAAACUACAGACUUCCCUCAGAGAUUGCUGGCCGCAGUGAAACUAUGGUUCGGCCUAAUAUGGACCUAUAGAUGCAACCAACAGCAAGAUCCAUGCAGUCCACUCAGCAGAUGACAAUUGUUUUUUUUAAACUUGGUGUAAAUUCAACUGAAAUGGAGAAGACUGGGACUACUUCAGUGAGCCUGAUGUCAGUGGCGGAUCUAGGUACAGGCGACAUGGACAGUCGCUCAGGGCGGCAUCUUGCUGGGGGCAGCAUGGCGUGCUCACACACACAAAAAAAUAAACAAUCGGAAUGGCGGCAUUUGAGUGAUCGGUUUUCUAUUAACCAUUUGCAUGUCACUGUGUGGGUCCUUUAACCUUAUUUUUGUAUAUAUAUUUUUAUUUCUAUAGUUUUAAAUGUUAUGAUUAUUUAUUUGUGUCCUUCCUAAUGUCUUAAUAAAAAUGUGUUAGUGCAGAAUUAUGUUUUUUGUUGUGUGUGUGUGUGUGUGUGCAGUUAUGCAGGAUUUCAUGUUGCACUGAGGCUCAUGGGCACUUUUUCGUGUAUAGUUAUCAUAUCUUCAUGCGAAUAGUUAAUUUGGCUUUCAUGCAGGCUAAAUGCAGGCAUCCAGUUGAAAUUGCAAGUUUCUAC